CCCUCUCUCUGUUUUUUUUUUUUGCCUCUCUCUCCCCCCCCCCCUCAACUACCACAGGCGGAGAGGCCGCCUCAGCAACCCCGGGAAAGUUUCCAGCAGCCGCGGGAGUCUCCAACCGAAGUAAUCAGAAGACAGCAAGAUGGAGGCUUCUUCAAAGGGGCUCGUUAUCCAAGUUAUCCCUUCCUGAUGAUCCCAGAGCUAGGAAGUCCCUAUCUUCCCAGUGGAGCCUUGUCCCCAAGUGGUGCCCGAACAUAUCUGCAGGUGAAGUGGCCACUCCUUGAUGUUCCAGCUGGAGCUACCCUAAAGGAUGCAAGAUCUCCCUCUCCUGCACACUUAUCAAACAAGGUUCCUGUGGUACAACACCCACAUCAUAUGCAUCCACUGACGCCACUCAUAACCUACAGCAAUGACCACUUCUCACCAGGUUCUCCACCAUCUCACCUCUCCCCAGAGAUUGACCCAAAGACAGGAAUUCCACGACCACCUCAUCCAUCAGAACUAUCUCCCUAUUAUCCGUUGUCACCUGGUGCCAUUGGACAAAUUCCUCAUCCCUUGGGGUGGCUUGUACCACAGCAAGGACAACCAGUGUAUUCCCUUCCUCCAGGUGGGUUCAGACACCCCUACCCUGCCUUGGCUAUGAAUGCUUCAAUGUCCAGCUUGAUGUCUAGCAGGUUUUCUCCUCAUAUGGUUCCUCCUCCUGCUCAUGGACUUCAUCCCUCAGGAAUCCCACACCCCACCAUAGUGUCACCUAUUGUCAAACAAGAGCCCACACAGCCCAGUCUGAGUCCUGAAGGGAGCUCAAAAACACCUGUUAUUGUCAAGAAGGAGGAGGAGAAGAAACCCCAUAUUAAAAAACCGCUGAAUGCGUUCAUGUUGUACAUGAAGGAGAUGCGGGCCAAAGUGGUGGCAGAAUGUACGCUGAAGGAGAGUGCAGCUAUCAACCAGAUCCUAGGAAGAAGGUGGCAUUCUUUGUCCCGUGAGGAGCAAGCCAAGUACUAUGAACUAGCCCGGAAGGAGCGACAGCUUCAUUCUCAGCUCUACCCUACCUGGUCUGCACGAGAUAACUAUGGAAAGAAAAAGAAAAGAAAAAGAGAGAAACAGCCUCAGCAACAAAUCCAGGAAACAGGGAAUUCUGUGGCCUCAAAGAGUAAAAAGCCUUGUGUGCCAUACUUGCCAGCUGAGAAAUCCUGUGACAGCCCCGCAUCCUCUCAUGGCAGUAUGUUGGAUUCUCCAGCUACCCCCUCCACAGCCUUGGCAUCGCCAGCAGCUCCUGCUGCCACCCACUCCGAACAGGCACAGCCCCUCUCUCUAACCACCAAGCCUGAAGCCAGGGCCCAGCUGUCUCUGCACUCAGCUUCCUUCCUGUCAAGCAAAGCUGCCUCCUCUUCCUCCAGCUUGACUAGCCAAUCGUCUCUCCUCUCCAGGCCCCUCCCAUUCACCUCCAUGCCUCCCACAGCUCUCCUGACCUCGCCUCCUUCCUUUGCAGCCAUUUCGUCUCCUCAGGCUGCCUUGGCUAUGUUGCAGGUCCAGCCGCUCUCCUUGGUAACCAAGCCAACUGAAUGAGGAAGAUUCCACUCUGCCUUCCUGUUGAGCCACAAUUGAGAUUACAAAGCAGACAAGCCAUUUAUUGGUCAAUAUUUGACCCUUUCUGAACUAUUCCGUAAGGUGACUCUUGAGGAAGAAAAUGCUCUACUCUCAGAGUUGUUCUCAGUAGUCUGUCUAAAGACCAUUUUUAUUUUUUAAAAAAAUAAAAACAAAAAAUCCCAAAAUUUUUGUAAACGAAACUUAAGCAGGAUAAAAGCAAAAGGCAAGCCAACCCUUGUGUUCCAGUCAAUGUCCAUUGGGCGCGUAUACUCGUACAGAUGUACAAUGGUGUUUGCAUGUUUUGUUAUAUUGCUAACAUUUUUGUUCCCCAUUCCCUUGGCAAGACAGUGUUUUAUUUUAUGUUACUUAUCCCAGCCAGCCUGCAGUUCCACUGUUUUUCUAAGAGAUUUACAACAUUUAUCAGAAAACACAGUACCACAGAAAUAUAGUGCCUCACUGUCACAUUCGAGCUGCCUAGCCUUGGGUAAGCCCAGAUAUUUUUCCUGUACUCCACAGUGAUCAUCCAGGAAAAUAGCAGGACAAUCUACCCUAUUUCCUUACAGAGUUAUUUUGUGUAGCAGGAAGUAGGGGAAAGGCCUUGGGGGGAAUCACCUGUUAUUUUAAGGAAGGAAAAUAAAUCUGCUUCUUUA